CUGUUCAUAUAGGUAAAAGGGAUUAAUAGACUGCACGACUUAAGAACGUCUGUUACCAACCAGGUCUCAUCUCCAAAAGUAGGAAUACCAGGCGUGUACGAUUGCUUCGACGAGAUUACUCCCACGGCCCCCGAGUCGAAAACCACUGCGUUGUGGAACAACCUACUCAGAUACAAGUUCCCAGUCGAGCAGUUCAAAAUUGAAACGGAGGCAUGGCUUGACGACAAAUCGCGACCGGAUAUAUUGGUUGUAAAGGUCGUCUGGGGCGAGACUGUGCCACGCGGAGAUUUGUUGAUGGUGGAAUGCAAGCCAAUGGCCAAAGAUCGACCAGCGGAAUGGGACGCGGCUGCUGAACAAUUAGAACAUUAUCUAGAGGGAAACCGCAAUGGCCUCGGUAAGGGCGUAUACGGUGCGGUUGCAAUUGGGCUCAGAGUCCAGUUCUAUGAGUUCAUUCCCGGCAGAAUGCAGUGUAUCUCCGAAAAGCUCACAGUCACCGACCGUUCAGGGGCUGAAAUGAUCGAACAACACCUUGAGAGAAUGAAAUGCAAAGCACCCGGAAUCUAGACCACAUGAUCAGUGUUGCAACCGAGGAAAGAGUCUCGCAAAUUUGAAGAAUACAAGAUUUACAUGCUUUCUAUUCCCGCAAAAUAGCCGUUUUGAAGCCGUCAAGCCGACAACAUAUAUUUUUAUACAUUUCUCUGGCAAAAGAUGAAAACAGUCAGUCUUAGGGGCAGUAUCAAAGAUCGAUAAUAAAAAUAUGAAGCCAUCUAGAAGAUAGAUAU